CACUUGCAGCUCCCUCUGGAGCGACAGACUGCACCGAGCCACAGAUUCCUGUAGGCGCCCUUCUCUUCAUGCGCUCUCACUGGGUCUCAGCCUGACGCACACGCAGAGAGGGGGAGUGAGAGAGAGAGAGAGAGAGAGCGAGAGAGAGAGAAAACUUUACCAGCUCACCUUUGCAGUCCAGGCAACCAGAGAAAAUACCUUCUCAUAAGAACCCCCACGGAGAAUAGCAGUGAGGAAUCCCCUCCUCCUCUUCCUCCCUCAGGAGCCACAGACGGAGGCUGCGUCCUCUCCAGCAGUUCAUGCCGGAUAAAGUUUAUGAUCCGCGUGGCAGAGGCGAGAGGACACAGGCUCGACCGCGCGCACCUUUUGAUAAACUUGUCGGGGACAGUCGCCCGUCGGCGGAGAUGGGGACCCUGCGCGACCUCCAGUACGCGCUGCAGGAGAAGAUCGAGGAGCUGCGCCAGAGGGACGCGCUGAUCGACGAGCUGGAGCUGGAGCUCGACCAGAAGGACGAGCUGAUCCAGAAGCUGCAGAACGAGCUGGACAAAUACCGCUCCGUGAUCAAGCCGGCGACCCAGCAGGUCCACAAGCACAACGACCUGAACGAGCAGCAGCGGACAAAGAGGCAGGCGAUCUCUGCCGAACCCACCGCCUUCGACAUCCAGGAUCUCAGCCAUGUCACCCUGCCUUUCUACCCCAAGAGCCCACAGUCCAAGGAUCUGAUCAAGGAAGCCAUCUUGGACAACGACUUCAUGAAGAACCUGGAGCUGUCGCAGAUCCAGGAGAUCGUGGACUGCAUGUACCCUGUGGAGUAUGGAAAAGACAGCUGCAUCAUCAAGGAGGGCGACGUGGGCUCGCUGGUCUACGUCAUGGAAGAUGGAAAGGUGGAGGUGACGAAGGAGAGCCUGAAGCUGUGCACCAUGGGGCCUGGGAAAGUGUUUGGAGAGCUGGCUAUUCUCUACAACUGCACCAGGACCGCGACUGUCAAGACUCUUACAAAUGUGAAGCUGUGGGCCAUCGACCGACAAUGUUUCCAGACCAUCAUGAUGAGGACGGGACUCAUCAAGCACACAGAGUAUAUGGAGUUCCUGAAAAGUGUUCCCACAUUUCAUGGCCUCCAAGACGACAUUCUGAGCAAGCUUGCUGAUGUCCUUGAAGAGACACAUUAUGAAGACGGAGAGUACAUCAUCAGACAGGGGGCCCGAGGAGACACCUUCUUCAUCAUCAGCAAGGGAAAGGUCAAUGUGACGAGGGAAGAUAUACCCAACGGGGAGCCCGUCUACCUGCGCAGCCUCGGCAAAGGCGACUGGUUCGGAGAGAAAGCACUGCAAGGGGAGGACAUCAGGACGGCCAACGUGAUUGCAGCAGAGGCAGUGACCUGUUUAGUCAUCGACAGAGAUUCAUUCAAGCACUUGAUUGGAGGUUUGGAGGACGUGUCCAAUAAAGGUCAUGAGGACGCUGACGCCAAAGCCAAGUACGAAGCAGAGAACGCGUUUUUCUUUAACCUCAAUCUCGCCGACUUCAACAUCAUCGACACCCUGGGGGUCGGCGGCUUUGGACGCGUCGAGCUGGUUCAGCUGAAGAGCGACGAGAGCAAAACCUUCGCCAUGAAGAUCCUGAAGAAGCGGCACAUCGUCGACACGAGGCAGCAGGAGCACAUUCGCUCAGAGAAGCUCAUCAUGCAGGAGGCGCACUCGGAUUUCAUUGUUAGACUCUAUAGAACCUUCAAGGACAGCAAGUAUCUGUACAUGCUGAUGGAAGCGUGUUUAGGAGGGGAACUGUGGACCAUUCUGAGAGACAGGGGUUCAUUCGAGGACUCGACCACGAGGUUUUACACAGCGUGCGUCGUCGAGGCCUUUGCUUACCUGCAUUCCAAAGGAAUCAUCUACAGAGACCUCAAACCAGAGAACCUUAUACUGGAUCACAGGGGCUACGCCAAACUGGUGGACUUUGGUUUCGCCAAGAAGAUCGGGUUUGGGAAGAAGACAUGGACUUUCUGUGGAACGCCGGAGUAUGUAGCACCUGAAAUUAUCCUGAACAAGGGCCACGACAUCUCAGCCGACUACUGGUCCCUAGGGAUCCUCAUGUUUGAGCUCCUAACUGGCAGCCCUCCAUUCUCGGGCCCCGACCCAAUGAAAACAUACAACAUCAUCCUGAGAGGCAUUGACAUGAUUGAAUUUCCAAAGAAAAUAACCAAAAAUGCUGGCAACCUAAUCAAAAAGCUAUGCAGGGAUAAUCCUUCUGAACGACUGGGAAACUUGAAAAACGGUGUCAAAGACAUCCAAAAGCACAAAUGGUUUGAAGGCUUUAACUGGGAGGGUUUGAAGAAAGGGACGUUGACUCCUCCUAUUAUCCCGAAUGUCACAUCACCCGUCGACACGAGUAACUUCGACAGCUUCCCCGAGGACAACGAGGACCCGCCUCCCGACGACAACUCGGGCUGGGACGUGGAUUUUUGAAAGGCCUCCUCUCCUCCUUAGUAACCAAAAGGAAACUUGUGUUUUUCGGCUCGGAGGCCGUCUUUCCAGGACAUGGCUGCGGUUGUAAAGAAAAAAAAAUAAGAGAGAGAAAGGAAAAAGAAACUGUAUUCAAAAAAGAAAGAGAGGAUAAAAGAAGAUAAAACAAAAAAAAAGAUGGAUGGCAAACCCUCUGGGUCACCGAUAUGCCUUUAUUUCACUGUGGCUCUGGAUCAAGCAUUUAUAACGAGGACGGCUGUAGCACUUGUGCGAUGUUUUUGUCUUACACUCAGCUUGAAAGGCAAAGAAAGUGCAGGGAGACACACACAGACACACAAUUACACACACUUACACACAACAGAGUCUGAUGAUGGAGCCAGGGUUUUUUUCCCCAUGUGACGGGGAAACAUGUUUAGAUGGUGAAGGAAACAUCUAAUAUCUAAUUUAAAGUUUUGGUUGUGGGACGAAUGGAAAAAAAAAAAAGAGUGAUGAAGGACUGCUCCAAAAAGAGAAAAUAUUUUUUAUUAUUAUGUUUUUCUUGUUUUUGUUUCUUCGCAAUAUCUCGUGGUGGAAUAAGUAACGUGACGGACUCUGGGAGGUGAGAACAUGACGACGACGUGCGGCCACUCGCUGCAAGUUUGGAUCUUUAUCGGUGACGGCAAACAAGUGCUAACCUGAAUGUCACUGAUUUACUUCCAUAUAGCAUUCAUUUAAUAUAAAUAUAUAUAUAUAUAUAUAUAAUACAGUAUGUACUGGUACACAGUAUUUGAAUUUUUACGAGUUACAUUCGUACAAGAGCAGCUGUUGAAACUCAAAUACUCGGUACCCUUUUUAUUUAAGACGACAAAGUGUUGAAAAAGCACAAACACUGUGCAGUCAGUGGAAAGAGACGCGACUCUCCAAGUGCCCUGCUUAGUUUCCAAUGAAUCUCACACACACACACACACACACACACACACACACCGACGACGCGUGUGAAAUGUCAGCUCGUGUUUUCCACAAAAACAAUCAUGUCAUUAUGCACUUAAGACCAUUAACUGAGCAAAGAAGAAGAAAAAAAACACCAGUUACAGCUAAUUUGAAGCUUGGGCAGAUGAAGUCACACUCUUUAAUAUGCUUUUAAUCACACAUUUGAACGCUCCUCUGCCUUCAUCUUAAGAGUUGUUUUUUUUUUAUUUAAAUCAAUCACACAAAAUGCCUCCUCCCAUUCAACCAGACAGGACACACACACACACACACCAUCUAUUUGCUCCUGUUGUGUAGUUCUGAUAUAACUGUGAAAAUGGUUUUCAAUGUCUUUGGUGCUGUUAAUGAUAAGUUAUAAUAACAAACCAUGGUGAGAUGACAGUCCUGGUUAUUGUUUUUUUGUAUCGUGAUAUUUUUUCUUUUUCUUUUUUUUGUGCUUGGUUUCUUUGUAACGUACUUGACUGCUUUCUUAGAAAAUUGGAGAUUUUGUGUCGAUUUGUGAACUUGAGUGAGGCUUUCUUUGGUAUCACUUGACAUCGUGAUAAGUGGUAUUCUUCUCUUUUUAAAAAAACAAAGAAAAAACAGGUUGAAGCAUGUUAAAGGUCCAGUGUGUAAGAAGUAGUGACAUCUAAUGGUGAGACUGCAGAUUGCAACAAAUGGAGGAUGCCUUACUACAUAACAGGCUUUGAAAGGAUGUAAACACCCCGUAUGUUUACAUGACGUCGGACAAACAAAUGUUUUAGUCUGGACCUUUAACAGGGUUCCCACACCUUUGUUGACGUCAAAUUCAAGGACUUUCCAGGACCAAUUUCAAGGCCUGAAUGUGCUGACACAGCUUGGAUAGCUAAGAUGGGAGGUCAACUUGUAAGAGCCGCUUCGUCCAUGAUUGCGUCCACUUUAAUUGAUUUGCUCUCUCUUGCUUAAUGUUACUCGCACAGUGGAUAGUGUCCACGACAGCACUAGUAGUUACGACUCCACGUUUGUCGUGCGUAGUUCCUAGUCUACGUACAAGCAAUUCAGGGCAUGAAACAGAAGGUGGCGUCGUGACAAACAAGGGAGAUAUUUCAUAUCUGACUGAAACUGUAUGAAAUGUAUUUGUUUUUAAAAUCUGACUAACAAACAGAAGAUAAUGUGAUUAUUAACUCAAGCUAGCCUUGGGGCUCCGCGCCUGCCGGAAACGAAAAUAGAAGGCAACAGCGACAAAAACAUGGUGGCUACGUUUUUGGGCUAAUGAAGAGACUGCAUUUGUGCUCUGUUAGCUUUAAAAUUUGAAAGUUGGUAGGAAAGUACAAGGAUGGUAGGAAGGACUUGGAACUGUGCUUGACAUGCUAACAACUAGCCACAUGCUAAACAACAAACUGUCUAAUACUAACAAGCUGAGAAGGGGGCACAUAUUGCUACCUAGCGUAGCAUAGGUGGAUACAUCUCUAAUACCUAAGUUUACAUAGCCGUUUCCUCUUUCGUCUUUGUUGUUUACGCGAGUGAAGCCAUCCACUGUCCUUUUCGUCGCUAGCUUCUUCUUCAAACUGCUUCUUUACCCUAAAAGACUUAUUCUAUGCGUACGAAAACCAAACAAUUUUCAUUUUAAUGUGAUUAUACAAGUUACACACUGGACCUUUGCUUUCAUCACCAUCAAAACAACCCUCUUCCUGGACGGCAAAGUGUUCAACAUUCCCUUGAAGCCUUCCCAUACAUCGGCAACAUUGUGCGGACAUUUCAAAACGACGACCACUCUCUCACCUGCUCGUCACCUCUCACGCCCACGAAUCAAGAGCAUAAAAUCAGACGUAUUGUAUAUGUAAGUGCCUUAAGUCAAUGGCAUACAAAUUUUAACAUCAUGGGACCUUUUUGAUGCUGCAUGAACACACAUAUAUACACCUCAAAAUAUAUAGUGUGUCCUCUCCACACGGCUGCUUCUCAUCCUUUUGUUUUCAGCUCACGAGCGCAUUAACCGUUGUGAAUUUCUAGGCAUUCGAUUGCAGGAAAUAGUUGCGUAUUAAACACAUUUUUCCUGCUUUGAAACCCUUUGAAUUUGAAAAGUCGACCUGAUGUGGCUGCAAUGACAUGCUUUUCUCUACAUACCCGAUUCUGGUGUGUUUUCACGAAGUCAACCACAGAAGCAGACGCCGUGGACCAUCGCUCAUAACGAGAAUCAUCCACUAUCCGCAGAAAAUCUGAGCAUUUAGAGAUGGCGAGAAUGAUUUGCAGGUUUCAUUGAUGUAAUGACAAUGUUCUUGUUUACCACUGUUGACAAUCCUUGACAGUACGAUAGCACUGAUUGUAAAGCAUCCUCAUUUCAUCCCACACAUAAACACACUCACACACAUGCAUUUAAAUAGCAAACAUCAGUGAAUCACGUAAAAAGGGAGCUACAACUGAGAAGGAAUCUUAUUUCUGUAGGUAUACAUAAGUAUUUUACGGCAUUUAAGGGCAGGUUAUGUUCAUCACAAAGCCUUACGUAUGUCAUCACCUGACAAACUGCUGGGUUUUAAGUCUUAUAUCGACCGCCUUCUGCAAUGUUACCUGAUAUCUGCCUUGUGUUCUGUUGUUUAUCCUGCUGUACAUUUGAUUUUGCAGAGUGCCACGUGUAAGAUUUUUUGAAAUUAUAAGAGUAAAAAAAAACAAUACUUUUGA